ACGAUUGUUCAACACUAACAGUAAACAGCUGUUUGAUUGAAGCACAAAAAUAAUUAUUUUAAUGCUAAUUUUACAUAUUACAAAUAAAUUGAAAUUGACGAAACAUGGCUGCUGCCUCACCAUCCCCGGAGACGCCGGACUUAAAGAAAGCCGAAAUUGAAACAUCUCAGAUCAUGAAACUGAACGAUGACUGCUUGGCUUGCAUCUUUGAGCGCUUGCAGGACCUUCAUACAGAAAUGGCUGUUUCCCGUGUAUGCCGAAGAUUUCAAAGUAUUUGCUUGACCCAAUGGCGUUAUUCGCAUUCAUACAACUGCCUAGACCUGGACGAAUGGCGUGAAAUUCUACCCAACUCUGAGGAUUUAAUAUACUUCCUACAAUUAAUGCGUCCUUAUAUUAAGGAAUUGUUUGUGAACAGUUGCCUACGAACUUUGCUUAAGGAUCUGUCUGACAUGAAAAUUUACGUGCUACCGAUGGUUACAUGCUUCUACUAUGAACCCGAAGAUGUGGACUGCUAUCCCUCGGAUAAAAGCCUACUGCGAAUGGCACAAAUGUUGCCAAAUCUACGCCGAUUACGUCUUACAACUCCCAUUCAAGGACGUUAUCUGUCAAAUUUUCGUCAACUGCAAGAAUUACAUUUGUACGAUGACCAGCAUAAAGACUAUGAACUACAACAGAAAUACCUUGAUGACCUAUGCAACCAAUUGGUUGAUCUGCGCGUGCUGGAUAUACGGAUGUACGAUUCAAUUAGUAAACUCCGUCUUGACAAUUGUGUUCAAUGUCUAAAGAAUCUCACUACACUUAAAUUAAAUUUGGCCACAUUAAAAUCCGUGUUAUACGAGGUACUGGAACUACCAUCACUUCGUCAAUUGGUUGUUCUUUUGGACACAGAGUGGCCCAAUCAACCACAAGUCAGUGUGGAUAAUUAUGAUGAGAAUGACUGCUUAGCUUAUGAAUUUUAUGAAAUAAUGGAGAGAAAAGCGAAAAACAUCAUUGGCUUUGCCGUGGAUGGUUAUUACAUGCCCCUGGAGCCCGGUUGGAAUGCCAAAUUGCCAAUUUGGACGCAUAAAAAACUUCAGCGUUUGGCCAUCUGCAGUUGGACGCAUUCGGUUGAUCAUUUGGAGCGCUACACAAGAAUGACAGAUCUUCGCUUGCUUUGCUUGCGCAAUUGUUCCAAUUUAAACGAUGACUUUCUAAUCAAAUUCAUUGAGUCGUGUCCACGACUGCAAUUCUUGGAUGUAUCGUAUUGCCGAGAAUUGACACCCAAAUUUCUAGAGCGCUCGCUGCAAUUACUGAAAUUGCGAGAGCCACGCAAAGAUCGCCCAGAUUUAAGACUUACACCACCAUUGCUUAUCUAUUGUGAGCUAUGUGGCUUUGAGGAUUUUGUAAAAAGCAAGAAUCUUUACAACUCAGCCGACUACAGGGACUACAUUGUGUUUGCAGAUUACUUUCCUUUCUCUGAGCGUGGUCUCAGUUUUGUUGAUCGCGGCUAUCAGUUUGACUUUGAUUAAAUUUGAAUUCGUUCGAGUUGUACAUAUAAAGACAGAUGUAAAUAGCAGGGACUAAUAAUCAUUAUUAGAAAAUUUUGUAACUGAUAAAAUAACAAACAUUAACAGGAUAAUGGCGUACGCAAACAAUUUAUAUAUAAAAUAUGUACAAUUCUCGCCGAUCUACGAAAAAAGAAAAAACAACAAUAAAUAUUUUUUUUCCCCCUUAA